CAUGUGGUUAUGCUGGCCUGUGUGAUCUGGCAGCGAGCAUUAGGUUUGAGGUGUCGGCAGGUAGUAGUAAUGUCAGAAGUGUCAUUAAAGAGAAAGGAGCCACCUGGAGAGGAGUCGGAAAACAAGAAGAAAAAGAGGCCGCGUAGAGAAAAGGAUAGGUUCGUACCGCCCCCGGUAAAGCGGCGGCCUGGAAUAAGUUUUGGGGAUCAGCAUUUCCAAGAGACUGAGUCCUACCUGGAGCACGGGCUGCGCAAAGUCCGUCCUUAUUACUUUGAUUUUGAAACUUACUGCAAGGGCCGGUGGGUCGGUAAGACUCUGAGGCAGGUGUUCAGCUCUGAGUUCCGUGUAGAACCCAUCGAGUAUUACGAACGAGCAACAGAGCUGGGUCGCCUUAGGCUCAACGAAGAGCCGGUUAAGGAUCUAGAUAUAGUCCUUAAGAACAAUGACUUCCUCAGAAACACAGUGCAUCGUCACGAGCCACCUGUUACUGCACAGCCUCUGCACAUCCUAGUAGAGAAUGACGAAAUGGUGGUGGUAGACAAGCCGUCAUCUUUGCCUGUGCACCCCUGUGGUCGUUUCCGACACAACACGGUCAUCUUUAUCCUAGGCAAAGAGCACAAUUUAAAAGAGCUUCACACAAUUCAUCGCCUGGACCGCAUGACAUCCGGUGUGCUCAUGUUUGCCAAGACCCUAGAGGUUUCCAAAAAGAUUGAUGAACAAGUUCGGGAGCGGCAGUUGGAGAAAGAGUAUGUGUGUAGGGUGUGCGGAGAGUUUCCUGAAGAAGAGGUGACCUGUGAGGAACCUAUUCUUGUGGUCUCUUAUAAGAUUGGUGUUUGCUGUGUCGAUCCCAAAGGUAAAACCUGCAAGACUGUAUUCCAGAGGCUCAGUUACAAUGGAAAAUCCAGUGUGGUCAAGUGCUUUCCUUACACUGGCCGCACUCACCAGAUCAGGGUCCACUUGCAGUAUCUUGGGCAUCCAAUUGUCAAUGACCCUAUCUACAACACAGAGGCCUGGGGCCCCAAUAAAGGUAAAGGUGGUCACAUUGGCAAGACCAAUGAUGAGCUACUAAAAUCAUUGAUGGAAGAACAUAAAUCUAAGCAUCACUUUGAUAUUUUGGAUAUUCCGGAAGAUCUUGGACUGAACAUAGAAAGUAAAAACAAUGAAGGCCAACAAUCCAUAAUACAACCAACAGUCACAGACUGUACUGAAAGCCAACCUCUGGUAGGAACAGAGACUUUAGGUUCAUCACGGAGUUUGGCUGUCCCACUUGUAAGUCAAGAAACAGAAGUUAAAUGCAGUAAUCAGGAGGAAAGCAUCCAAGGAUCAAAGGAUAUUUUGUGUGGUGAAUGUAGGAUUGUAAGACCAGACCCCUCUCCUAAAGAUCUGAUUAUGUACCUUCAUGCCCUACGAUACAAAGGAACUGAAUUUGAAUUUUCUGCUGCAAUGCCAGUCUGGGCAAAAAAAGACUGGGCAGAAGAUUAAAGAUCCUUUCAGCCUGAGUAUAUGUAUUCUGUUAAUUAAAUUAUUUUACUUGAAGUAGGACUUGUUAGUGUCCCGUCAUGUGUUUUGGGUUUUAUGGUUAAACUGGGGGAAAAAAACAGUAUAAUUAAAAUGUAAGAGUUGUACUGGUA